AUGAUGUACAGCUUCGCCACCGCAGCUCUGCUGCUCUCCGUCCUCACGGACGCUACUCCCCUCGCCCGCCGCCAGGCCUCCGAGACCGUCUCCGUCCCCGUGGCCACCUCCACGCCCCAGGCCCCGUACGACUGGGCCUCCGGCUGGCAAAAGACCUUCCCCAUCCACCAGUCAUGCAACGUCACCCUCCGCGCCCAGCUCGAGGUCGCCCUCGCCGAGACCCAGCAGCUCGCGGCCCACGCCCGCGACCACAUCCUCCGCUUCGGCAACUCUUCCGAGCACGUCCGCAAGUACUUUGGCAACGCGUCCACCGCCACUCCCGUCGGCUGGUACGACCGCGUCGUCAACGCCGACAAGACUGGCAUGACCUUCCGCUGCGACGACCCGACAAGAACUGAGGGCUGGGCCGGCCACUGGCGCGGAUCCAACGCCACCCAGGAGACCGUCAUCUGCCCCCUGUCCUUUGAGAUCCGCCGCCCGCUCUCCUCCGUCUGCGGCCUCGGCUACAACGUUGCCAACUCCAAGCUCAACACCUUCUGGGCCACCGACCUCCUCCACCGCGCCUUCCACGUCCCUCUCAUCUCCGAGGGUGUGGUCGAGCACUACGCCGAGGACUACACCGAGGCCCUCGAGCUCGCCAAGAACAACGCCACCUUCUCCGUCGUCGACAGCGACGCCCUGCAGUACUUCGCCAUCGACGUCUGGGCCUACGACAUUGCCGCUCCCGGCGUCGGAUGCUCUGGUGAGAGUGAGGAGAAGGAGGAGGAGCCCACCCCUACGACCACCGCUACCGGGUCCGCCGCUACCACGGCCGCCGCAACCUCCAGCGCGCCCCAGGAGUGCCACACCCACGCCGACGGUGCUCUGCACUGCGUCUAA